AUGUCAUUCCAAGAUCACGGCAAAAGAGGCUUGUUCAAACAUAGAGCCAAGGCUCCCAACUAUUCACAAGACGGCAAAUGUGGUCCGAAUAAUGGCAAUCUCUUAUGUGAUCCUAACAGCACAGCAUACAAGGGAACAUGUUGUUCAUCAUAUGGAUGGUGUGGUGAUACUCCAGCUCAUUGUGGAACUGGCUGCUCGUCUGGUUGUUCUUCCAGCUCAGCGGUCGUAGCAUCUACAAUCCCGACCACCACAAUCAACAGGGCCGCACCUUCAGCCUCCGGUGCUGCCCCUCGAGAUGACGGCAGAUGUGGUCCUGACUUUAACAACGCCUUGUGUGACGCCAAGGGCGCUUAUGGUGGUUGUUGCUCCUCUUAUGGAUACUGUGGUAACACUGACGGACACUGCUUGACUGCCAAUGGAUGUCUGUCUGGUUGUAAAGACGCCGCACCAACCAGCGCUGUUCCUACUUCUGCCGCUGCAUCGUCAGUCGCUCCUUCUAACAUAGACUCCGCUGCUCCAUCAAGCACAACUGGUGAGCCAGUCAUCUCUGCAGCAACAUCUUCAGCUGGUAGUGCUCCAACAGGCGUAGUUACAACGGAUGGAACAUGUGGUGCCACUUACGACAACACCAUUUGCGGUGACUGGAAGCAAGGUAGCUGCUGCUCUAUGUACGGAUACUGCGGAAACAGCACUGCUCACUGUGGUGAUGGUUGUCAAAGUGGACCUUGUCUGAAUGGUGCCGUUGUUGCGGCUCCUGGCCCUAGCCCUGCACCUGUCAAUGCUAACCCGGGACGUUUCGACAUCGUUGGCGAGUCUGGUGUUCCUGCCAUGCAUGCCGGUCUCCUUCCCAACGGCAAAGUUGUCUUCCUUGACAAGAUCGAAAACUACACGAACAUCAAGCUCCCCAAUGGCCAGUACGCUUACUCGACCGAAUAUGACCCCGCAACUAACAAGUACACCGCUUUGGCUUACAAGACCAAUGCCUUUUGUGCUGGUGGCUCCUUCCUCGCUAAUGGUCAAUUCAUCGCUCUUGGUGGUAACGGUCCUCUUGACUUCAUUGAUACCACUGUUGGAGACGGCUUUGACGGCAUCCGCUAUCUUACGCGUUCUUCUUCUGACGCUUCUCUGGACGGCCAAGACUGGAGCGAGCCUGGUAACAAGCUCAACACUAAGCGUUGGUACCCUUCCGUCCAGACCCUGCCUGAUGGUAGGCUCUUUGUCGCUUCCGGGUCGCUUAAUGGACUCGACCCUACUGUGCCGGCCAACAAUAACCCGACUUACGAGAUUUUGGACAAGAACGGAAAGUCUUCUGGUGUCUCUGUUCCUAUGGAGAUUCUGGUCAAGAAUCAACCUUACUAUAUGUACCCAUUCAUGCAUCAGCUCAAGGAUGGCUCCCUCUUCGUUUUUGUUUCCAAGUCGUCUGAGCUCUUUAACGUCAACACCAACACCACAGUGAGAACCUUUGCCGACCUUCCAGGAGACUACCGCACCUACCCCAACACAGGCGGCUCAGUCCUCCUUCCCCUUUCAUCUGCAAACGACUGGAACCCUGAUAUCGUGAUCUGCGGCGGUGGCGCAUACCAAGACAUCACCUCCCCUACCGAUCCCAGCUGUGGCCGCAUGCAACCACUUUCUACAAAUGCCAAAUGGGAAAUGGACAGUAUGCCUCAAGGCCGUGGCAUGGUUGAAGGUACACUUCUCCCCGACGGUACCGUAAUCUUCCUCAACGGCGGCAACGAAGGCGCCCAAGGCUUCGGUCUUGCCCGCGACCCUACAUUCGAAGCCCUCAUCUACGACCCAGCAAAACCCCUCGGUCAACGAUUCACCACUGGCGCUUCUUCAACAAUCCCUCGUCUCUAUCAUUCUGUUGCUCUGCUUCUUCUAGAUGGCACAUUGAUGAUUGCAGGAUCAAACCCAGUCGAGCAACCAGUCCUGAAACCCACAACCACAGACCCCUACGUCACGGAAUUCAGAGUGGAAAUCUACACACCCCCUUACCUCCAAGGCGACAAUGCCAAAAAGCGACCUACAGCCAUCACCCUCUCCUCUAAAUCUCUGAUCGCAAACUCUCAGACUUUCACCGUCAAGUUCACUGCUCCUACUGGUGCUAAGGCUGUGAAAGUGGCGCUCUAUCAUGGAGGUUUCGUCACGCAUUCUGUGCAUAUGAGUCAUAGAAUGGCGUUCUUGGAUACUGCGGGUUGGAAGGCGGGUGCGACGGAUCAGCAAAUCACGGUGACCAUGCCUCCGAGUGCUAAUGUUGCGCCGCCGGGUCCGUAUGUUGUUUAUGUUGUUGUUGAUGGUGUGCCUGGUGUCGGACAAUUCGUGCAGGUUUCGUAGAUAUCCAGGGAACAAUUGAGGGACG